ACGCUUCUGUCUCGGGUUAAAAUGGCGAGUAGGCCUGCCGUUGCAGCAUCAAGCAAAUGGCUGCAGGGUAUUCAUAAAUGGUAUUACAAUGUUGUCGGGUUCAGUAAACUGGGCUUAAUGCGAGAUGAUACAAUAUAUGAGAAUGAUGAUGUAAAAGAAGCCAUAAGAAAGCUUCCUGAGAACCUUUAUAAUGACAGGGUGUUUAGCAUUAAGAGAGCACGGGACCUGACCAUGAGGCAGCAGAUCUUGCCUAAAGAGCAGUGGACAAAAUAUGAGGAGGAUAAAUUCUACCUUGAACCAUAUCUGAAAGACGUUAUUCGGGAAAGAAAAGAGAGAGAAGAAUGGGCAAAGAAAUAAUCAUGUAGUCUAAAUCUGGAUGCAGCUAUCCUAAAGUAUUUUUAUGAAGCUGGUUAAACCUGAAAUGUACAAUGUAGAACUAUCUGGGCUGUAAAUGUAUUACUUUAAAUAAAUCUC